AUGGUUCAUUCAAUAAGUCUGUCUCCGUCAUCAUCUACAAUUGGCUCACCAAAAAGUAAAAAGAAUGGAUUUUUUAAUAAACUAAUCAAGAAAAAAGAUAAUCCGUCAAGAAAUUCAUCAAUAAAUGGAAGUAGUAAUAGUAAUACUACAGCAAAUACAUCAACUGAAAAAUUACAAAAAGUCUUUACUCAUGGAAGUAGUCGGAGUAGUCGAAAAAGAGACCUAAGUGAAGGAAGAGGUAUAGAAGGUGAUAAUGAUUCAUACAUAUAUAAUGAUGAGGAUGGAGAUGUAAAUACUAUGAUGGAUUAUGAUUCAGAUUUAUCAUCCGCUGGGUCCCUUGGUAGAUCACUUUCAGUAUCAAGUAGAGUAAAAUCAAAUACAAAAUUUGGAAAUUAUGAGAAUCAUAGAGUUGAUGAAAGAGUAUCAUUCCCAAGUGUUGAUGAAACUUUAUUUUAUUCAGAUUUACCAACUUUAAAUUUAAGAGAAGAUGAAGAACCUCCUUGGGUUGGAUUAACUUAUGAAUCAUUCUUAACUCCAAAAUAUGUUAAAGUUUCAAGAAGAAAUAAACAAAGUCCCAGACUGUUGAAUCAUUUAUUUUUAGCUCAAGAAUUAAAUGUUGAAUCAGAACUGAAUGAUGAUGAUUCAAGAAAUGGAGAAAUUUAUACAAUGAGUUUUAGUAAAGAUGGGAAAUAUUUAGCAUGUGCAGGGAGAGAUGCAAUUUUAAGAGUUUAUAAAGUUAUAUCUUCACCAUUAGCAAGAUUAGAAUAUAAUCAAAAUGAAAAAAAUUUAGGAGGUGUAGGAGGUAAAGAAGUUCCACGAAGUAAUAAGAGAGAUUUUGUAUUUGAUCCGGCACCUGUUUUCCAUACAACACCUUCGGAAUAUAAAGGUCAUACAAGAAGUAUAUUAUCAUUAGCAUGGAGUAAAAAUAAUUUUAUAAUUACGGGAAGUAUGGAUAAAACUGUUAAAUUAUGGCAUGUCGAUAGACCAAAUUGUUUACAAACGUUUCAACAUGAAGAUUUUGUUACAGCAGUUGAAUUUCAUCCAUUAGAUGACAGAUUCUUUUUAAGUGGUUCAUUAGAUAAUGAUGUUAGAUUAUGGUCAAUUUUAGAAAAAAGUGUAUCAUUUAGUAGAAACUUGGGGGAGGAUGUAUUAAUUACUGCAUUAGCAUUUUCACCAGAUGGUUUGAAUUGUAUUGUUGGUGGGUUUAAUGGGUCUGUGUUUAUAUUGGAGACUAAAGGAUUACAUAUAGUAAACAGAGUUGAGAUUAAAGAAAGAUCAAUUGCUCAUCCAUUUCAUGAUAAAUCUAAUGGUAAUAAAAUCACUGGUAUACAAGUAUUUGAAAAUCCUUUGAAGAAAAAUUCAACUGAUUUAGAAAAAUGGACUGUGUUGAUAACUACUAAUGAUUCGAAAGUUAGAAUGAUCAGCACUGACAAGAAAAAACUUAUAACUAGAUUCAGAGGAUUGACCAACAAUUCUUCAUCAAUUGCUGCAUCAAGUAGUGAUGAUCACAAAUAUAUCAUAUCGGGUUCAGAAGAUCAUUAUUGUUAUGUAUGGGAGAACAACAAUAGCAUUAUCAAUAAUAAAUUAAGACAAUCACUUAGAGAUUUUGUUAUAGAUGGUAAACAACAAAUUAAUGACUUUCAUCAUAAAUAUGAAAAAUAUACUAGACUUAUUCAUUCAAACAAAUUCUUGGGUAAAUUAUUAGAAGAUGAUGAUAAACAAGAUUAUAUUUCAAAUGAAAAUAAUAGUUAUUCAUGUUUCCAUGCUCAUCAUUCAAGAUGUAAUGUUGCUAUUUUUGCACCAGAAUCAACUAAAAAUUCAUUACAAUUAUCUGAUGAUUUAGUAUUUGAUUUAUAUAAAAGAGGUCAAGCUUGUAGAAUGGAUCCUUCUAAAUGUUGUUGCCCUAAUGCAAAAGAUCAUAAACAUGAAGAAAAUAAUGGAACUGGUGAUAUAAUAGUUACAACUGAUCAAUAUGGUUUGAUUAGAGUAUUUAGACAAGAUAUUGCUUGGUCAAUUAGAUCACAAUUUAUCGAAGUGCAUAAAAAAUGUCAAGCUCAUAGAAAUGACCAACAUCAACAAUGUAUACAAGAUGGAAAACCAAUUUUAAGAAAUAAAUCAAAUGGUGAUGGACCAAGCCCUACUAGAGGAGGCUUUGAAACUUCAAAAUCAAUCAAACCAAUACUUUCUUCUAAAAUUUCAAGUCCUUCUCAUACUUUUACAAAUUAUACUUAUAGUCCACCACCACAAAAUAAUAUUUCACCAAUUAAUAUUAAAGUUGAUGAUUUAGGAGGAGUUUAUUCAUCACCUCAAAAUAAUAUUAGUCAACUGACUUUAAAUGCUGUGCCUAAUGAACAUGCACAACAAUUUGAAAGAGGUGAACAAUUUCCACCAGUUAAUAGUCAACUUGAUUUAACAAAUGGAGAAGCUCAAGCUCAAGCUCAACCACAAGUUCAGCCACAACCACAACCAUUACGGUUUGAAUCUACUGAUAGAGGUAGAAUGAAUUAA